UCGAACAGCUAAAUCAAUUGAAAAAAAUUCCAUCUAAUUUACGUUUCCACGCAUUGAGAAUUCCUUCGAAAUAGUCAAUGACGAAAUAAACUUUUGGCUAGAUUCAAAUAUUCAAUAUGAACUCUGUAGAGUAUUUUUCAACCUGUUUUUGAAUCCAGUGAAUUUGACCAGAAGAGGCAAUCAUACUCGUGAGAAAAUGAUUAACGCGAAAACGUUGCGUUCGUUUGUAAUGAAAUAAAGUGUCAUGUAUCGAGUCACAGUACACAUGGAACGAUUCUCUCUAUUUAACGAUGACUCAUGUGAGGAAACGAGAAACGACGAUGAUCGAACUCUCGUACAACGUGUCCGGUCCUAGGAUAAUAUUGAGGCCGGAGCAGACGAAUGUAAUGGCACGCAGAACGAUCAAUUCUCGCAUCAUCUCCGCGCCCACGCUUCAGUUUCCAUUCGUAUACAUAUAAAUAUACGUGUGAAUAUCGCGACAGGAUUUUUUGCGUUAGCUUCUGAAUGUUGAAGCGCGAGAAUCGAGUUGCAAUAAUCAUUUCUCUUUUGCUGACCAUUUUUUCUGCGUAACGCCGUCUCGAGUUUUCAUAUGACCUCACUUGAUGUGUGUCGCGGGAGCAUUGCAUGGUAAAACUCGUGCGAUACGGUGAGCCGGAAACCAGGAAAUAAACGCGAGCUGAAAUCUCGAGGAGGUUUAAAAUUUCUCACAGUCUGAACUUGAACCGAAAAAAAAUUGUCCACGUUUUUUUGUCAAAGAUCAAAGAUGCUCGUGGCUCAUGAUUUUCCUCGAUUUUUCACUAACAUUAUUCGAUAUUCACGAGGAGAAAUAUGAAAAAAAAACUCGCGAAAUUGCUCGAUUUUCGGAGAAAUGAAUUUCAGGUGAUUUAACAAGUUGCAGAAAAAUGAGCGAUGGAAGAUCUCAAAAGAUGAUUGAAGAGCAUGGAAUUCGGUGGCCGGUUUUUCGUACACGAAAUGAAGAAUAUUGCUGAGAGUUCGAAGCCCUGAAUUUCACGUACACCUUACUAUAAUUAUAGUCAUCAUCGUAGCGAUGUUCCUGGAACGGUUUGACGAACCGUUCUCUCGCUCUUUUUCUCUCACGUAUAUAUUUUACUCUCCUUCCUGCUACCAAGAAUCACUGACCACUCGAGAAAAAAAUGAAUUUUGUCGUCAACGAAACCAAGGUGCAAUGGCCAGAAGCACAGAAUCGUAGCAAGAGACAGCGAGAACGAAGAGAAAACAAUUCGAUAUGGUCAAGAGAUGUUACGAAAGAAAUCCGAGAAGGCGAGAAGAUUUUCAAGUGUUAGCCACUGCUUUAGUGAGUCAGGAACAUUUGUUUGGUAUAGAGAACAAUGUAAACGUUUACAGAGCAUCGAGUUUAUCAGGAGAGACUCUUACGUUGCACUCUCCACUCGAAGCAAAAAUCUCCCUGGACCGUUUCGCUUAAAUCUCCCAUCACUCGAACAAUCCUCUCAGAACGUUCGUGGAUUUUGUCUGAGGAGGUCGAUUCGAACCUCCUAUUUAAAUCACUCGCUCAAUAUCUUCGUGCCUUCCAAGUGGAAAAUACAAUUUUUUUAUUAACAACUCCCAGCGACGAUUAUCGUUUCUUAAUUACUGGUUGGUAGUGCCUGAUCUCGUAGAAUGGAAACCCCCGUCAGGUUUUUCCUCGUCGUAACUGUGUUUCUUGUCACUGCUCAUUGUCGACGACUCCACCAUCACAGGGACAGUGGUUACUUGAACCACGUGCAAUUGGUCCACCAGUUUCGCUGCUCAUCGCCGCAGCCACGUGCAAUCAAAGUCGAAGAUUUAUUGACAGCUGGUCCAAGUCCUGAUGAGAUAUUUUAUCCUGCGUCGACGGUCCUGUCAAGAUGCGAGGGUUCAGGCUGCUGUCCCGAUCUGAAACACACGUGCGGACCAAUCGAGACGAAAAAAGUCAGUCUAGUUUUCAUGGUGAAGCAUCGAAUCGACAGUCAACGUGAUCGCCACCACGAAGUCAUUCACGCGGUUGAGCAUACGAAGUGUGGCUGCGGCUUCGAAGACGACGAAAGAUUUAUACGAGGAAACAAAAUCGAAUAGAAAAUCGAAAGUGCUUUAUUUUCGUUAUCAUUUUUCAUGAAAUAUAUCAAUUUGCUUGAAAUAAGCAAAGAUUCUUCUUUCAUGCAGAAUUUUUCUUUUAUGAAAAUGUAUAUUUUUUUGAAUACUAUUUAAUUAGAAGCAUAUACAAUUGUUUCAGAAUCCAAGAAAAAUGUAUUGAAGGCUCUGAUCGAGGCUCAUCCGCGCUUUCAGCCCCUUAUUUUAAUAUAAACAAGAAUUUUUAAAAACAUCAUUAUUUCUAAUGUAGCGUGAAUACCGAUAACGCAGGAAAAUCUUUCAAAAGAUGGAACGAAACAUUGGCUGUGACGAGAUUUCCGUUAAUGUCACACUAUGUGUAUAAAAUCAGCAUCGAAUUUUUCUCUAAUGUAUCACGUCCCUAUGCUUGCUUGAGAAAUAAAAAACUUUUGAUUUUUUAGAAAAAUAAACAA